AUGGCCGACGAAGUCGACAUCGGGUCGUUGACGCCCGACCAGCAAGCGGCCCUCCAGCAAUUCACCGCCGUCACGGACGCGCCGCUCCAAGACGCCGUCCCGCUCCUUACACGAUGCCAGUGGAACGUGCAAAUAGCCAUCGCGCGCUUCUUCGACGGCGAACCAGCCGAGGAUCCCGUCGCUGCCGCUGCCGCAGCAGCAGCAGCACCACCACCACCACCACACGACACACGGCAAGCAGAGAACCUGAUGAACGGCUCCUCGACAUCGACAUGGAGCCGCCGCGCCGCCGUCGAGCCCGCGCCGCGCGUGGUCCCCCAGCCAGAGAGUCAGAUCGACACGCGCGCCCCGCUCGUCCUCGCGCUGCUGUGGGCGCCCGUGAGCCUGCUGUACUCGCUCCUGGCGCGGUCCUUGCGCUUCAUGGGCGCCCUCUUCCCCUUCCUCCCGCGCUUAUGGGGUCGCUUAACCGCAGGCACCGCCCGCAGUCCGCCCGCCCGCCGCAGCGCAGGCCGCCGCCCGCUGAACCCGCGCGACACGGCGGCGCGCUUCGUGCGCGAGCUCGAGGAGGAGCACGGCGCCAACGAGCUCCCAUUCCACGACGGCGGGUACGCCAGCGCCUUCGAUCUGGCCAAGAAAGAGCUGCGCUUCCUACUCGUCGUGCUCGUCUCGCCCGAGCACGACCUCACCGCGUCCUUCCUACGCGACACCCUCCUCGCCCCAGACGUCGUCCGCUUCCUGCGCGACCCCGCGAACAACGUGCUCCUGUGGGCCGGCUCCGUGGCCGACAGCGAAGCCUACGCCGUCGCCGCCGCCCUGAGCACAACCAAGUUCCCCUUCAGCGCGCUCGUCGUGCACACGCCCGCCGUCUCCGCCUCGGCCAUGGGCAUCGCAGCGCGCAUCGCCGGCCCCACGCCACCGGGCCCUUACCUCGCCAAGCUCAAAGCAGCAAUGGCCACACACACCGAAGCGCUGGACCGCGUGCGCGCCCAACGCGCCGAGCAGACGGCCACGCGCAGCAUCAGAGCACAGCAGGACAGCGCGUACGAGCGCAGUCUAGCGCGGGACCGGGCGCGUGCACAGCAGCAACGUGAAGCCGCAGCCGCCGCAGCCGCCGCCGAAGAGGCAGCCCAGGCAGCCCGCGUCGCCGCAGAGACGAAUGCGCGCAAUCUGCACCGCUGGCGCGUCUGGCGCGCUGCCCGGUUGCCGCUGGAACCCGCCCCUACAGACCAGCAGUGCGUCCGCAUAUCGCUGCGCCUCCCGAGCGCGGAGCGUGUCGUGCGCCGCUUCCCUGCCGCCGCGCCCAUGGACGACUUGUACGCUUUUGUCGAGUGCUAUGAUGUUCUGCAGAGCGGUGAGAAGACCACGAGCGAGAACAGCAAUCCGCAGAACUACAAGCAUACAUACACGUUCCAGCUCGUCUCGCCGAUGCCGCGAGAGGUGUACGCGCUGAGCGCCGGCGGCACGGUCGGGGAGCGCAUCGGGCGGAGCGGGAACCUGAUUGUGGAGCGGAUAGGCGGGGACGACGAGGAUGACGACGACGACGACGACCAGGAUUGA